CUGCUAUGGUUAUUGGUAUGGGCUUUGCCACCAACUCUACAAUCCUUCCUGCUUUAGUGGAUAAAGACUGUAUUAUUUUGAGUGACUCUCUCAACCACGCCUCUUUAGUUUUCGGCGCGCGUAUAUCUGGCGCCAACAUUCAAGUUUUUAAGCACAAUAAUAUGGAAAAUCUCGAAUAUCUACUGCAGCGAAUGAUUGCUUCUGGGCAACCGAGGACUCAUAAGCCCUGGAAAAAAAUACUUAUAGUGGUGGAGGGGAUUUACAGCAUGGAGGGCGUACUAGCCAACCUCCCCGCGCUUGUCCGCCUGAAGAAAAAAUAUAAAGCUUAUUUGUAUUUGGACGAGGCCCACAGCAUCGGCUCCAUUGGAAAAAGCGGAAGAGGCGUGUGUGAGUAUUGGGGCAUAGACACAAUGGAUGUUGAUAUAAUGAUGGGGACCUUUACGAAAAGCUUCGGCGCGUCUGGCGGGUACAUUGCCGCUGAUAAAGAAAUUAUUGAUCAUCUUCGAAUAAAUGCGCAUAGUUACGUUUACGCGCCUUCCAUGUCCGCGCCAAUAUGCGCGCAAAUCAUUAAAACUGUUGAUAUUAUUUCAGGUGCUGAUGGGACAGAGGAAGGUCGAAAACGAUUGCUCCAGCUUGCAAGGAACACACGAUACUUUCGAAGAAAAUGCAUUGAAAUGGGCUUCAUUAUUUACGGCUCGGAUGACUCUCCUGUUGUCCCUCUUCUUAUUUAUCACCCUGCAAAACUUGCGGCCUUCUCAAGGAUGAUGCUUUUGCGCAACAUAGCCGUCGUAGUGGUAGGCUAUCCGGCCACCGAAGUAAUUUCCUCGCGUGCUCGCUUUUGUUUAUCCGCGGCUCAUUCAAGAAGCGAGUUGAAUGAAGCGCUGAAGGCCUUGGAUGUUAUUGGAGACUAUUUAUCAAUAAAGUAUUCCAGGCAGCCUCACGUUAUCGGUAAAUUUACUGCCGAAGAAGAAAAUAAUGACGAGCUCAAAUCUUUAUAUUAA